AUGAUGAGAAUGUUCCUUCCUGUGGAAGAGCUACACUGCAUUAAUGGCUUGGAUAAUCCGAGCAAGUACCAACGCCUUGCAGAAGACAGUACAAGAACUGUUGUGUAUCGUCUGUUGACUAGUAUAACUGAGAAAUACCCCCUAAGUUUGGGCCGGUGUAACCGCGAGAAGCCGCCCUGCAAGUACUUCCACCCGCCGCAGCACCUCAAGGAUCAGCUGCUAAUCAACGGGCGAAACCAUCUAGCACUGAAGAACGCCCUAAUGCAGCAAAUGGGUCUGACGCCAGGCCAGGUGCUGCCUGGUCAAGUCCCCGCCGUGGUGGGCGGCGUGAGCGGAGCGGGCGCGGCCGCGGGCCACCUCACCGCGCUGGACCCCAUCAGUCUCGCCUUGCUCGCCCCGCAGGUAACCGCCGCCGAGCGCCUCGCAUCGCCGCCGGCUACCUCGCGCCACUAUCCCGUAUACCACUCUGCGACCUCGCCGUACCUGUCGGGCGUGCCCGGCGUGGGCUCGACGUACGCGCAGUACUACGCGCCGCAGUUGGUGCCGGCCGUGCUGGGCCACGACCCGGCAGCGGCCGCCGCCUCCCCGCUCGGCGUGAUGCAGCAGCCUGUGCUGCAGCAGAAGUUGCCGCGCACCGACCGCCUCGAGGGGUUGGGCGAUGGGCUCGCGGCGGUCCUCCCGGCGGCAAGGCACGGUGUGAGGCGGUGGUGUGUGGUGGUGCAGGUGUGCCGGGAGUUCCAGCGCGGCGCGUGCAAGCGCGCCGAGUCCGAGUGUCGCUUCGCGCACCCGCCGCCGCCCGUCGCGGCGCACGACGACGGCUGUGUCACGGUGUGCAUGGACGCCGUCAAGGGCCGCUGCGUACGCGACCCCUGCCGCUAUUUCCACCCUCCCCUGCACCUGCAGGCGCACCUUAAGGCGCAGGCGCGCGGCGCGGUACGCCACCUGGCUGCACGCUCUCGCCUCGCUCGCUCGCGCUCGCUUCUCUUCUUCUGCUUGGUCUCGCUCGCCGUGACGCCGCUUCUGUUCCGCAGAGCUUCUUAUAUUCAGUUCGCCGCGGCGUUUACUUGCGCCACGCUUCCGUGUAUUCUGUGCAUCUAUUACAUCGUUAUUGUUUCUGUCCCGUCCUGCGACGCUUCGCUUCACGUAGACGGCCGCCGCAGCCCAGCAGCCGGCGGCGAGCGCGACCUCGGAGCCCGGCAAGAAGCGCCCGGCACCCGCCGAACUCGAGCCGCCACCGGUACAACUGCCAGCUUUGCACGCUUCACCUCCGCUCCCGCUCCCCGCCCCCGCCCGCACGCUCCCUCCGCGCGCCCCUCCCACAACCCCGGGGCGACGGACGCGGCGCGCGCCGACGGGCCGCCCCCACCCGCUCGCCGCGCGCCGCCGUCCGCGCGCCCCACCCAAACCCCACUGCCCGAGAUCUUCCGUUCAACCGUUUGUUUCUCGUUUCAGAUGGACAUGAAAAGCGUCGGCUCCUUCUAUUACGAUAACUUCGCAUUCCCGGGCGUGGUGCCGUACAAGAGACCCGCCGCGGACAAAGCCGGAAUGCCGGUGUAUCAGCCGGCGACCACCUACCAGCAGCUGAUGCAACUGCAGCAGCCGUUCGUGCCCGUGUCAUGUGAGUACCCCGCGCCCGCCUCGUCCGCCCCGCCGAGCGCGGCGCCCUCGGGCCCCCCCGCCGCACCCGCGCCGCAGCCCGCGCCCGCGCCCGCGCCGCCCGCGCAGCCGCCCGCGCCCGCGCCGCAGCCCGCCAGCCCGCCCGCGCAGCCCGAGCCCGGCGCCCACGACCCCGCCGCUAUGGCCAAAGAGGUGGCGCACAAGAACUACGCCGCGGCCCUGGCCCUCGCCGCGCAGCACUCGGCGAUGGCGCACGCGGCGGCCGCCUACAGCCAGCAGCUGAAGGCGCGCGCCGCCGUGCCGGGCCUGAUGCGCGCGCCGCUCAUGAUGCGACCGGGCUGGCCCCCGAUGCCGAUGCCGGGCUACUACCAGCCGCCGUACAUGUACGCGGUGCCGCCGCCCACGCCGCCGGCCGCCGCCGCCGCCGCGGCCGCCGCGGCCGCCGCCGUCAACCCCUACAAAAAGAUGAAGACCACA